AUGGCCGCCUGCGUCGAGGCAGCAGCCACCGCCGUCCGCGACCCCGGCGCCGCGCGACCGACCGGCAACAACAGGGCGCGCACUGCCAUCGGCACCACCGAUGACUACGAGGAGACCUGCUGCCUCGGGAUGGGCGCCUUCGGCGCCGUCGUCAAGGCGCGCCACCGCGCCACCGGCCAGACCGUCGCCAUCAAGCGCCUCGCCGCCGGGGAAUUCUGCAGCCAGAUGGCGCUGCUGCGGGAGGCGUGGUUACUGGAGGCGAGCGGCCGGGACAACCCGUUCGUCGUCGGCUUCCACGGCCUCACCCGCAACCCGGCCACCAUGGCCCUCUGCUGCCUCGUCAUGGAGUGUGUCGGUCCGAGCCUCAACGACCUCCUCCACCAAAGCCGCUGCGCUGGGAUGCCGCCGCCACCCGAGGCGAUCGUGCGCGCCGUCAUGUGGCAGCUACUCACGGGCGCCAAGAAGAUGCACAACGCCCACGUCGUCCACCGGGACAUCAAGCCCGAAAACAUCCUCGUCAGCGGCGAAGGCAGCACCGUCAAGAUCUGCGACUUUGGGCUCGCCAUGCGCAUGGAUGAGCCGCUGCCGUACGAGCCCGCCGGCACGCUGUGGUACAUGGCGCCCGAGAUGCUGUUGGGGAAGCCCGAUUAUGACGCCCUCGUUGACACCUGGUCGCUCGGCUGCGUGAUGGCGGAGCUCAUCAACGGGUCUCCACUAUUCAUGGCCUCCGAUGGAGCAGGCCAGCUCGCCGCCAUAUUCGACGUCCUCGGCGCGCCAGAUGAAACGACGUGGCCAUGGUUCUCGUCCACACCCUUCGCUGCCCUGGUCCAGAUGAUGCCAGAGCUAUACAUGAAGCGGAGCAACCUACUGCGCGAGGUGUUCCCCAAGAAGAAGCUGUCCGAGGAAGGAUUCCAGGUACUCAGCGGCCUGCUCACUUGCAACCCCGACAAGCGGCUCACGGCAGCUGCCGCGCUCAAGCAACCAUGGUUCACCAAGAUGAACGCACCGUAG